CAGGCAGCCUGCACUGCAGCCGGUUCCUAGUGUCCCCACUUCGCCUCCCUCCUGCUGCACCGAAGACAUGCAGGGGCCCUGGGUGCUGCUGCUGCUGGGCCUGAGGCUACAGCUCUCCCUGGGCAUCAUCCCAGCUGAGGAGGAGAACCCAGCCUUCUGGAACCGCCAGGCAGCUGAGGCCCUGGAUGCCGCCAAGAAGCUGCAGCCCAUCCAGAAGGUCGCCAAGAACCUCAUCCUCUUCCUGGGUGAUGGGAUGGGGGUGCCCACGGUGACAGCCGCUAGGAUCCUAAAGGGGCAGAAGAAUGGCAAACUGGGGCCUGAGACGCCCCUGGCCAUGGACGGCUUCCCAUACGUGGCGCUAUCCAAGACGUACAAUGUGGACAGACAGGUGCCAGACAGCGCAGGCACAGCCACAGCCUACCUGUGCGGGGUCAAGGCCAACUACCAGACCAUCGGCUUGAGUGCAGCCGCCCGCUAUAACCAGUGCAACACGACACGCGGCAAUGAGGUCAUCUCUGUGAUGAACCGGGCCAAGAAAGCAGGAAAGUCAGUGGGAGUGGUGACCACCACACGGGUGCAGCAUGCCUCGCCAGCCGGCACCUACGCACACACGGUGAAUCGCAACUGGUACUCAGAUGCUGACAUGCCUGCCUCGGCCCGCCAGGAUGGCUGCCAGGACAUUGCCACACAGCUCAUCUCCAACGUGGACAUUGACGUGAUCCUGGGUGGAGGCCGCAAGUACAUGUUUCCCAGGGGGACCCCAGACCCUGAGUACCCAAGUGAUGCCAGCCAGAAUGGAAUCAGACUGGACGGGAAGUACCUGGUGCAGGAAUGGCUGACAAAGCACCAGGGUGCCCGGUACGUGUGGAACCGCACUGAGCUCAUGCAGGCUUCCCUGGACCAGUCUGUGACCCAUCUCAUGGGCCUCUUUGAACCCGGAGACAUGAAAUAUGAGAUCAACCGAGACCCCACACUGGACCCCUCCCUGCUGGAGAUGACAGAGGCUGCCCUGCGCCUGCUGAGCAGGAACCCCCGCGGCUUCUACCUCUUCGUGGAAGGUGGUCGCAUCGACCAUGGUCAUCAUGAGGGCUUGGCUUACCAUGCACUCACCGAGGCGGUCAUGUUUGAUGACGCCAUCGAGAGGGCAGGCCAGCUCACCAGCGAGGAGGACACGCUGACCCUCAUCACUGCUGACCACUCCCACGUAUUCUCCUUUGGUGGCUACACCUUUCGAGGGAGCUCCAUCUUCGGGUUGGCCCCCAGCAAGGCUCAGGACAGCAAAGCCUACACGUCCAUCCUGUACGGCAAUGGCCCGGGCUACGUGCUCAACUCAGGCGUGCGACCAGACGUGAAUGAGAGUGAGAGCGGGAGCCCCGAUUACCGGCAGCAGGCGGCGGUGCCCCUGUCGUCCGAGACCCACGGAGGCGAAGACGUGGCGGUGUUCGCGCGCGGUCCUCAGGCGCACCUGGUGCACGGUGUGCAGGAGCAGAGCUUCGUAGCGCACGUCAUGGCCUUUGCCGCCUGCCUGGAGCCCUACACGGCCUGCGACCUGGCGCCCCCCGCCGGCACCACCGACACCGCGCCUCCCGCUCCCGCCGGCACCACCGACGCUGCGCACCCGGUUCCCGCGUCGCUGCCUCUGCUGGCCGGGACCCUGCUGCUGCUGGGGGCGGCCGCUGCUCCCUGAGCGCCCCACCCUGGAGUUAUCCUGCUCCCCACCUCCAGGCGUCCUGCCCUGCUCCCCGUCCUGAGCUGCCACUUCCGGCGUGAACACAUACAGGUGACCUGCCGCUGGACCUUCACCCACUAGAGAUAAACCAGCAUUAGCUGGAGCAGCGCUGCCCUUCUUCCCUCUGCAUCCCCUUCAGGGAGCAGGAACCCAGGGCGCCCUGGGAGCUGAGCCUGGGACUCCCAGGACCUCCCCCCAGGCUGCUCUCUGAUUCUUCCUCCCAACCCCAGAGACUGCGGAUUUGUGCCAUGCGGCUGCCUGCACCCCAGACAAUAAAGGGACCCAAACCACUCAGCCCCCACCCUGCCUCUAGCCUGAGGAAGACCAAGCAGGCCUGGACCCAGAGACGUCCUCCAACCCUGGAUACGACACACCGAGACUGUGUGCCCCAUCGUUCUUAGCUUCAAUCCUCACAGCACCUGGUAGACCCAAGGACUUGGGUGGAUCAGGACACCUGAAGAAGAGCAGCUUCCCGCCACUCUGCAACCCACCCAAGGAGGCUGCUGGGGCGGGGAUCCCCAUGGGGCUUUGACACAAUCCUCUGCUGCCUCCCCACUAGGAUCAUUCCACACCCCUGCACCUGACCAAGGGGCCAAUGAGGCAGAGGCUUGCCCCAAGUCAUAGCCACUCAGAUGCUUCCCGACCCCCAGUGCCCUUUCCAGGUCAGGAGAUCCAAGGAGCGCCUGAGGAGCUCUGGGUACAGGGCAGCAGCCCAGAGCCCAUGGACCCUCCCGGGACAUCUGGAUGCUGGGCAUAGAUUUCUCAACAAGGAAGACUCCCCUGCCUCCUGAAGGUCUCCAUUCUCCUAGGAGACAAAGCAAUAAUAAAAGGAAGUGUUAGACAAUGUAA